AUGCAAGAAAAAUCACAUGAGCCUUUUUACGAUUGUAAUGAAAACAAAUCUUCAAAAAAGUUUCGGUUUUGGGACUUUUCUAUAAUCGGGACUAUUUUGUCAUUCUUAGGAAUUGUCUACCUUCUUAACCAGAGAUAUUUGCUGAUUCCAGAAACAAUUUCUAGUCAAUGCCCUACAGUACAAAAACUAGUACCUGAAAAUAAUGCAGAGCUUUCCAAUAUUGACCAAUUCCACAGCAACGUGUAUUCAAAUUACUCGUUAAAAGUGUGGAGCGACGCAGUCAGAAUUCCCACUUUGAAUUGGGAUGAUUUAGGAAAGGUUGGAGAUGACUCCAGAUGGGAGAUUUUUGAAGAUUUUGCUAACUAUCUUGUCAAAACGUUUACUGUUGUAACUUCCAAUUCCAAGCUAGAAAAAGUUAAUACUUAUGGAUUGGUAUUCACAAUUGAAGGUUCCAAUAAAUCUUUGAAGCCUAUAUUAUUGGCGGGUCACCAGGACGUGGUACCUGUACCCGAUGAAACUGCAGACCGCUGGACUUACCCUCCCUUUGAAGGGCAUUUUGAUGGAAAAUUUCUUUGGGGAAGAGGAUCAAGUGAUUGCAAAAAUAAUGUAAUUGGAAUAUUCGAAGCUCUUGAUGAGCUAUUGAAACGAGGAUUCAAACCAAAGAGAACCAUUAUUGUUGCACUUGGGUUUGACGAGGAGACAAGUGGAAACCAAGGAGCUACUGCAAUCAAUGAAUUUCUCAUAAAGAAGUAUGGGGAAAAAUCUAUCUUUAUGAUUGUUGAUGAAGGUGGGUUGGGAAUUCAGGAUAUAUAUGGUUCCAGAUUUGCCUUACCUUCAACCGGAGAAAAAGGAUAUAUUGAUGUCGUUAUUGACUUGAUAACUACUGGUGGACAUUCCUCAGUCCCACCAAGACAUACAGGGAUUGGUAUUAUCGCUGAACUUGUGAAGGAAAUUGAAGACAAGGAAUACGACUUGGAUCUUACACCUAAAAAUCCAUACUUUUACCAGUUGCAAUGUGAGGCUGAGAAUGCAAAGGCUAUGGACAAAGCCUUCAAAAAAGAUAUUUUAAAGCUCUCAUCAAAUGUUGCAGCCAAGAAGAGAGUUCUUGACGUUUUAAGGGCUGAUGAUACAACUAAAGCGCUAAUAUCAACUACUCAAGCUAUUGACAUUAUAUUUGGUGGCUUGAAAAUCAAUGCUCUUCCAGAAAAAGUUACUGUCAAAAUUAAUCACCGUGUUGGAUAUGAUUCUUCCUUAGUAGAUGUUCACCUGAAGAUCACCGACGCAGUUGCAAAAGUGGCCAAGAAGUUUUCUCUCAAUGCAAAUGUAUUUGGAAGAAGGAUUGUGACAAACUCUGAGAGCGAAGCAUAUUUUAAUGUUACGGAUGAUUCUCCUCUUAGUCCUGCCCCUCUUACGUUUCCUUACGGUAACCCUACCUGGGAUAUUUUGGGUGGUACAAUAAAGCAUGUUUUUGAGGACUUUGCAUCUUUCGAAGGAUAUGAUCCUUCUGUCAGCAGAGAAGUAACUGUUGCACCAUCUUGCAUGACUGGAAAUACAGAUACCCGCCAUUAUUGGGACUUGUCGGAUAACAUCUACAGAUUUACACCUAUAAGACAAGACAUGCGGUUGAAUGCUCAUGCUAUUGAUGAAAGAGUUGCUCUUGAUGCUCACAUUGAGGGGGUGGUAUUCUACUACGAACUCAUUCGAAAUGCCGAUGCUUUUAGUGGGUAG